AAUAGGAAUCCCUUGAACAAAAUACACUGGCAAGCAACCAAGAGACACGUACGGCCACACAGAGAAUGGCGAACAACGGCGGCAGCAGCCGCCGCGGGGACGACGGCGUCGGCGUCGGCGUGACCCCAUCCCGAUGGCGUUUCUUCCGGCCAACGGCCGGCACGCCGCUGGCGGCCGCCGGCAGCAUGAGCAUCCGCUCGGUUCUCAACCGUCUCAACUCGUCCGUCGACGCGUCCGGGACGCGCCCCGUCGUGCCGCUCGGCCACGGCGACCCCACCUCCUCCGCCUGCUUCCGAACCGCGCCGGAGGCCGAGGACGCCGUCGUGGACGCGCUCCGCUCCAGGAAGCACAACGGCUACUCCCCCACCGUCGGUGUGCCCCAGGCGCGCAGUGCUAUUGCAGAGUACCUGUCUCGAGACCUUCCUUAUGAGCUUUCACCAGAUGAUAUCUACCUGACCUCCGGAUGCGUCCAAGCCAUCGAGAUCAUGAUCUCCGUCCUUGCCCAGCCCGGGGCUAACAUCUUGCUCCCAAGACCCGGGUUUCCGAUGUACGAGUCACGGACCACAUUCAGCGAGCUAGAGGUUCGAUAUUUCGACCUCGUCCCUGAAAGAGGCUGGGAGGCAGACCUUGAGUCUGUGAAGGCUAUCGCUGAUGAGAACACGGUUGCGAUACUCAUCAUCAAUCCCAGUAACCCUUGUGGGAGUGUCUACUCACACGAUCAUUUGGCCCAAAUUGCAGAAACCGCAGGAGAACUUGGCAUAUUGAUAAUUGCUGAUGAGGUAUACGACCACUUGGCAUUUGGAAGUAAGCCUUUUAUACCAAUGGGCAUUUUUGGCAAGACGGUCCCAGUCAUCACCUUGGGAGCUAUAUCUAAAAGAUGGCUUGUGCCUGGUUGGCGACUUGGAUGGAUCGCAACGUGUGACCCAAAUGGCAUCUUAAAGGAAACCAAGAUUGACCAGUCAAUUCAAAACUAUAUUAACAUCACAAGUGAUCCUGCAACAUUCAUUCAGGGAGCAGUCCCUCAAAUUAUAGCCAACACAAAGGAAGAAUACUUCAACAAAAUUCUUGAUUUAUUAAGAAACUCAGCAGAUUUAUGUUACGGUAAAAUAAAGGACAUCAGGGGCAUUACAUGUCCGCACAAACCGGAGGGAUCAAUGUUUGUGAUGGCUAAGUUGGACCUCUCUUGCUUAGAUGGCUUUUCUGAUGAUAUAGAUUUCUGCUGCAGGCUGGCAAAAGAAGAAUCUGUAAUAGUUUUACCAGGUACUGCACUGGGAAUGAAGGAUUGGGUUCGGAUCACUUUCGCCAUUGACCUGCCAUCUCUUGAGGAUGGCCUUGAAAGGCUGAAAUCUUUCUGCGAGAGGCAUGCUAGAGUAGAAGCCUAAGCUCAAAGAUGAUUGAGCUUUUACACUGCUGUGGCGAAUCGCCAGCUAUGCGUUGGAUCGCCCUGGUGUUGUUUUCAAUAAUCGCUUCUCUUUAUGUCACCACAAUGAAGAUAUUUAGCGUUCCACACAUAUUUUGUACUCUUCCUGGUUGACUCGUACCGGUUUGUAAGUGGCAUACUAUCGAAAAAUGGUGUAAUUUGUAACCAUUAUUGGUUACAGUGAUUUAAGGGUCAGUAUUUUCCGGCCUUUUGGGUCAGACUCAGGCAA